GGUCAAGGACUGCGAACCAUAGUGUCAUUACAUAUCGUUUGACCAGAUUCUCAAGCAAGUCAAUAUGGCCGCCUCCGACACCGACGCCCGGAUCCUCGUCUCGACCCACGGCACGCACAUUCACCUCCUCUCCCUCCCGCCAGCGCCGUCGACCGACCUCCGACUCGUUUCCUCUCUCAAACUCGAUCAACAACCUUCCUAUUCCUUGCCACAUCCCCACAUUCCGAAUCUCAUCUACGUCUCGGCAUGGAUUCCGGAUAUGAUCUUCUUGGUCCAACUGAGGGGGGACGAGUUGGUCAAAGUAGGAGAGACCAAGGCUGGAGGCGGAGGACCGACUUAUUUCGUGAUGACCCCGGAUCGAAAGAGCUUGUUGGUAGCGAACUAUCGUUCGGGCCACCUGACCCGGAUCUCGAUUGAUCCAGUAACAGGACACUUUGACCACCCCGCACCUCCCGCAAAAGAUGUCUUGCAACUCCCUUCAAACCCGACUGGCUCCCCUCGGGCUCGAAGGUUCGAGGUCAGGCAGGAUUCGGCACACGCUCAUCAGAUCAUCCCCAUCCCCGGAGACGACGACAAGGAGGAGUACCUAGUCUGUGAUCUGGGCUCGGACAAGAUCUACGUCGUCACUUAUACCGAGGGCGAUGGCUGGAAGAUCGUUAGUUGUUACGAGACUGUCGCGGGAUACGGACCUAGGCAUGCCGUUAUCAGAUCGGCAUCGAGGACAGAAGAAGGACCCUUGGUCUUUAUCGUCAACGAACUCGCCUCGAUCGUGACCACUCACCAGAUCCUGCGGGGCGACGGUCCAACGCGACUAUCACCUCCGAUCUUCCCUGAUCAAUCCACCCUCCCAUCUAAAAAGCUCGACCUGAAAUCUUACACUCCGGAAGGUCCGAUGGAGACUAUCGCCUGUGCCAUCCUCCUCACACCCUCGGAAGACCAGUUGAUCGUGACCAACCGGAACCUUCCCACUGAGAUCAGCCCCGAGUUGGAUCCUUGGGUCUCGUUCGACCUAGACCCGGUUACCGGGCAGGUCCUCGCGAGCGAAAAGACUGAAGCGGCAAGGUGGACGUUCGGAGCUGGGAGGCAUUUGCGUGGGAUCGGCUUGGAAGGUCAUCGGGAUCGAGAAAAAGGAGGAAAGAGGCUGUUGAUCGCCAGCAGAGAAGGGGACGGGUUUACACUCUAUGAACAGAAAGAACAGGGUGCGGCGGGGUGGGAGGAGUUGGCGAGGGGGUUAUUGAAGGAAGAGAAGACGAUAGAAUUUCCGCUCGCUGUGGACUGGUUAUAGGAUGUCGUCGUGCUUGCACACUUUGCCCUCGGGCGAGGUAUCUUGAGAAACGCUACGAACCACCGC